GGAUGUUGGACGGUUAUAAAUUAAAUGUGAAAAUUGUUAAUUGAUGAGAUACUUUAAAUAACAAGCAUUGAUUCAAAUGGAGUUUAGCUAACUCAGAAUUUUGUGAGAUGGGCUCAACAAUGACUCAUUCCAAGCAAUACAACAUUUGAAAUAAAAAUCUCAUGAAAUUCACCUUUAUUGCCCCAAUCAAGUCUUAGGCUGUUGCACCAUAUUUAUUUUAUAUACACACGAUUCACAGUCUUCUUAAAUUACUACACGGUACUUUGUGUUAAAAGAAAGACAAAAACCAAAAUACGUUUAAUUUUUUUUUUUUUUUUUAAAAAGUAAGAGAAAUCUUGUACUUUCUUUUCAAACACUUUUAUUUCAUCCAUUAACGUAUAAAAUAAAAUAACAUGAGUAAGAUAAUACCAUAAUUACCAUUUACAAAAAUUAAAAACACCCUAGAGAUGAAAACAACUCAACCACAGAAAAUGUGAGAAAUGAAAGCAAACUCUAAAGCAAAUUGAAAAGGUUACCAAAGAAACAAGCAACUCUUUCUUGGUAUUGCUAGGCAAACUUAAAACAGACACAUGUAAGAAAAAUAAUUGCAAGAAUUCCCUACCUUUUUAGUGGCUUCCCUUUAUUUAUUUUUAUUUUUGAUUGUUUUAAAGGAGAAAGCAAAAAGAAAUUAAAGGGUCAUGGAAUACUAUGACUCUACGAGUACUAUAUUUGACAACCUUUACAACCGAAGUUUCCUCCAUACCACAACCCCACAUUAUAGGGGGGUAUAGUCUUUGCACAUUCCCAUAAUUUUAUUUUAUUUUUCUAUUUCAGAUUUUAUUAUUUCUCUCUCAAAUAUAAGUAAAGCAAAUUAAGACCUUAAAUUUUUGCUCAUAUUGAGAAUGAGAGAUGGGAUGAAGGAAGCAAAGAGAGAGUCAACUUAGAGAAUGUACAAAGAUAAACUGGUUUCUGCCAUUUUUCGCCGUUGAUCCAGGAAUCAGAAAGGAUUGAAGAAAUCGUCGUAAAAGUAAUCGGCCAGAACUGAAAAAUGUUGCAGAGGGCAGCAAGCAAUGCAUAUUCUUGGUGGUAUGCAAGCCAUGUCAGGACUAAACAAUCCAAAUGGCUGGAACAAAGUCUUCAAGAUAUGGGAGAUAAGGUGGAAGCUGUGCUUAAACUCAUUGAAGAAGAUGGAGACUCCUUUGCUAAAAGAGCAGAAAUGUACUACAAAAAACGGCCAGAGUUGAUAAACUUUGUCGAAGAAUCUUAUCGAGCUUACAGGUCCUUAGCAGAAAGAUAUGACCAUCUUUCGAAAGAGCUACAGAACGCAAACAACACACUCGCAUCUGCAUUCCCAGAUCAGUACCAGUUUCCAAUGGAUGAUGAUGAUGAUUAUAACACCUCGAAAAUGCCUAGGAAAUUUCAAGACAGAUCACCCAACCCAAACAUCCCACAAGCUCCACAAAAAUUCCCUACCAAAAAUAUUAAGGCUAUCAUGGCAUUAACAUCAAAGUUGAAGAAUAACCCAGCUCCUAGGAAUAUGCCUAAAUCAGGAGCUCAUGCUAAGAGAUUACCGAAAUCUGGUCUGACGAUAACAGAGGCUAUCAAUGAGAUUGACAAGCUUCAGAAGCAAAUUCUGACUCUCCAAACAGAGAAGGAAUUUGCAAAGAGUUCUUAUGAAAACGGGUAUGCCAAGUACUGGGAUAUUGAGGAGCAGAUAAGUACAACACAGGAAAAGAUCUCUAAGUUACAAGAUGAAUUUGAGGUAGCCCAAGUUAUCGAGGAUGAUGAAGCUCGGACUUUAAUGGCUGAAGCAGCUAUUAAAUCAUGCAACGAUACCUUGGCACAGCUGCAGGAGAAGCAGGAGAGAGCAGCAGUGGAAGCAAAAGAAGAGCAGCAGAGGAUUAAGGAUGCUCGUAACAAGUUAAACUCUCUCAAGGGUGAGUUUCAAGGCAAUCCGACUGAUACCUCUGAAAGCAGAGAUCCCUUGAAAGCAGAAGAAGAUCAAACUAGCAUUGAUGAUGAAGCAGCUGGUGGUUUGAAAGAAUCUAAGGAUCUAGAAAUAAUUCGGGACAAGAUUAAAGAGCACUUUGAUGUGGGUGAAACUGCAUCGCUCAGUGUGUUAGAGAUGGCUGAAAAGAUCGAUGAGCUUGUGAACAAAGUGAUCAACCUAGAAUCUUCUAUGUCUUCUCAGACUGCUCUAAUACAUAGAUUAAGGUCAGAGACUGAUGAGCUACAAACGCAGAUUAAGAGCCUUGAAGAUGACAAGGCAAACCUGAUUGCUGGUAAAACCAGAUUAAGGUCAGAGACUGAUGAGCUACAAACGCAAAUUAAGAGCCUUGAAGAUGACAAGGCAAACUUGAUUGCUGGGAAAACCACUCUAAGUGACAAGCUGGGUGAAUUGGAAAAUAAGUUGAGAGGACUUCAGGAUCUAAAUGAUAGCUUCAAUAACCAAAAUAACAGCCUAGAAAGUAAUUCAACUGCAGUACACUCUGAUCUUGAUAUAAACUCGAAGAAAUCACAUGAUGUAAAGAUAGAGACGGAAAAUAAGUUGAGAGGACUUCAGGAUCUAAAUGACAGCUUUGAUAACCAGAAUAACAGUCUAGAAAGUCUUUUAAAUGAAAACCACUCUCAUCUUGAUAUCAACCAGAAGAAAUCACAUGAUGUAAAGCCAGAUGAAGGAGAGGCCGAGCAAUCAACCAAGUCCUUUGAAGGUAAAGGGUCCACAGAAAAUGUGGACUUGAAGAAAAGAGUAAGUGAUACGAGUACCUCCAGUCUUACUCAAGAUGAAGGACAGAAAUUUGGUGAAACAGCUCUACUAGAGCCAAAGGAUGAAUACUCACAUCCUUUGAAGACAGAUGAUACUCAUCCACAGGAAUCUAAACCAAGCACCAUUGAGUAUGAUCAACCUCAACAAUAUUCAAACAAGAUAGAAGAGGAAGCAGUAUGUUCUCAAGUAACUCAGAUACAGGAUCCUUCAAUUCAGCCAACAUAUCUGCCAAAUACUCCUCAAGAGGUUGAACCAAGAAACUUGGUAGGCAUGCCAAAAGAUGAGCCAUAUGCACCACCAGCAGUGCAACCAUCAGCAGUGCAACCAUUAGAAGAAAGAAGAAAAGAAGAAUAUGAGCCGGACUGGCAGCAGUUAUUCACAAAUGGUUUGGAGGGAAAGGAAAAAGUUCUCUUAGAAGAGUAUACAGUAACUCUUCGAAACUACAAGGAAACCAAGAAGAAGCUUUAUGAAGUAGAGAAGAAAAAUGAAGAUAGUUUCUCAGAGAUGAAGAGUUCUCUUGUCACAAAGGAUGAAGAGAUCCACUCCUUACGCCAGAAAUUGAGCGUUCUGCAAAAAAGGUUGGACGAACAUAAAAACGCAAAAGAGAAGGAUAUGGAGACCUCUCAAGAGCCAUCACCUCCCCUUGAAGAAGAAGAUGAUGAUUAUGAUAUAAAAGUUAUUGCUCCAAGUGAAGAACAAGAGAUCUCAGCAGUUGAACAGAAACUACGGGCAGAGAUGGAUCAGAUCCUUGAGGAAAAUCUAGAUUUCUGGAUGAGGUUCAGUGCUUCAUUCGGGCAGAUCCAAAAGUUUCAAAAUGGAGUUCAAGAUUUGCAAGCAGAAUUAGCAAAACUUGAGAAAAAACAUGAGAAGAAAGAAGGGAGUAGUCAUGGGGAUACUCACAAGACGCUUUUGAAAUCAGAUGUCAGGCCAAUAUACAAGCACCUGAGAGAGAUACAAACAGAGUUAACUGUCUGGUUGGAGCAAAGUGAAAAUCUGAAAGAAGAGCUACAGAGAAGAUUUUCACAGUUGUGCCACAUUCAAGAAGAAAUAAAGCUAGCUCUAAGUGAUGGUGCCGAAGAUGAUGACAUGAAGUUUACCAGUUUUCAAGCUGCGAAAUUCCAUGGAGAGGUAGCAAACAUGCAACAAGAGAAUAACAAGGUUGCUGAUGAGCUUCAAACCGGUAUGGAUUAUAUAACGAGUCUCCAACUUGAAAUGGAGCGUACCAUAGCCAGGUUGAAUGAUGAGCUAGGAUUUUCUACCUCACAAAACCAAUAUGAAAAUGAGAGGUCUGAAAGCCGGGCUCGGGUGCCAUUAAGAUCGUUCAUUUUUGGGGUUAAACCACAGAAGAAAAAGCAAUCAAUAUUUUCCUGCAUGCAUCCAGGAAUGAUGAAUCGGAGAUACCAUCAUCUAAGAUCUGACAAGUCACCUUAGAAUCACUAAGACAUAUUCUGCGUUUUUCAUCAGAUACAUUUAAUUUGACAGUAUUGUAUCUAUGCUUUCUGAUAUUUGCUGAUGAUAUUAGAUAGAGGUUAUAGGAUCAUCUGUUCAGUAUUUAUGCAUUUUUGAGGAGAAAUCAGUUGGUAUGUGUAAAUUAGUAUAUAGGUGUUUUUUUUUUUCCAAUUCUCAGAAACACUCUUUAGUUUUGAGUCAGUUAAGUUUAUUGAUAAUGAGCAUGAAAGCAAAGAUUUUCUCUAAUGACAGAGACAAGAAAACAACCAGCUCACUUUCCCCCGUCCCUUCUAAUGAUCAAGUGGUCACUCGUUUUCAAUUCCUAGUCCAUAUGAUUAAUGACUAGUUUUGUCAAUACUACCUAUGGAUCACUAUAUAACCCUAAGAAACUUGGGUCUUUCUGACAAAACAUUAUUCUGAAUUAUUUCCAAUUCAGUGAGAGCUCAUACCAGAGGAAAUCAAGAAUUAGCCCUAUCAUUUUUAUUUAUAUUGGAGUCAUGGAGAUAAGCCUACAAUGACCUUUUUGUAUUUCUUGCAUAACCUCUUAAAAUAAGGGUUGGGAAAUGAGAUUAUAUGUCAAGACUCCUAACUAAUGGUUUUAUCCUUUGUGUCCCACCCUUUAUUUUGGACACAUUACUAGCAUACAAUCAGAUAUUUAAAAAUAUGGCACAUAGAUGAUGUGACAUAAUCAAA